AAGAUUUUCCUCCUUUCCUUCACAACCUUGUACCAUUCUUCUCUCUUUCUCCUUUCUUUGAAACACAUAAACUCCCCCUUCCCUCGAAAACCCUAAUAGUCAUCUUCGUUCGAAAUUCCUUUCAUGUCCUUCAUUUGUUUCUCAAUAAACCAUCGACACGUCAUGCUUUUCAAUUUUCUCUGAACACGCUAGCUUUCUACUGCACUGCAAUUUCUCGCCGUCGUCGUCAGUGGGCCUGCUUUCUCCAAUUCCGACUCUCACUCCCCUCUUUUUUAUCUGUUCGUAGAAAUUUCAUCACAGCAUCUUCACCUUAAUCCCUCACCAGAUGUCUUCCUCCAAAGAUGCCGACCCUAGCUUGGGUUAUCUCACUAGAAAGGAUACAGAGGUGAAACUACCUCGACCAACUAGGGUUAAGAACAAAACCCCUGCUCCGAUUCAAAUCACAGCCGAGCAAAUUCUUCGCGAAGCUAGGGAGCGUCAAGAGGCUGAGAUCCGUCCUCCCAAGCAGAAAAUCACAGAUCCCACAGAACUCGGCGAGUACCGUCUCCGCAAGCGAAAGGAAUUCGAAGAUUUAAUCCGGCGAGUUCGAUGGAAUGUAAGUGUAUGGAUCAAAUAUGCACAGUGGGAAGAGUCGCAGAAAGACUUCAAACGUGCACGUUCUGUUUGGGAGAGAGCUUUGGAAGUUGAUUACAAGAAUCAUACACUAUGGUUGAAAUACGCAGAGGUUGAAAUGAAGAAUAAGUUUAUUAAUCAUGCUAGGAAUGUUUGGGAUCGCGCUGUUACUCUUUUGCCUCGAGUGGAUCAGUUGUGGUAUAAGUAUAUUCACAUGGAGGAGGUGCUUGGGAAUGUUGCUGGUGCAAGGCAGGUUUUUGAGAGGUGGAUGAAAUGGAUGCCGGAUCAGCAAGGAUGGUUAUCUUAUAUCAAAUUUGAGCUGAGAUAUAAUGAAAUUGAACGGGCCAGAGGAAUUUUCGAGCGAUUUGUUCUGUGUCACCCUAGGGUCGGUGCUUGGAUACGCUAUGCCAAGUUUGAGAUGAAGAAUGGUGAGGUUCCUAGGUCGAGGAAUGUUUAUGAAAGAGCGGUGGAGAAGCUUGCUGAUGAUGAGGAAGCUGAACAGCUUUUUGUGGCGUUUGCUGAGUUUGAGGAAAGGUGCAAGGAGGCAGAGAGGGCAAGGUGUAUUUAUAAGUUUGCACUUGAUCAUAUUCCGAAGGCGAGGGCUGAGGAUUUGUAUCGUAAGUUUGUGGCAUUUGAAAAGCAGUAUGGUGAUAGGGAAGGGAUUGAGGAUGCUAUUGUUGGGAAGAGGAGGUUUCAGUAUGAAGAUGAAGUGAGGAAAAAUCCUUUGAAUUAUGAUUCUUGGUUUGACUACAUAAGAUUGGAAGAGAGUGUGGGGAAUAAGGGAAGAACUAGGGAGGUUUAUGAGAGAGCUAUAGCUAAUGUUCCACCAGCCGAGGAGAAGCGAUACUGGCAACGCUAUAUUUAUUUGUGGAUUAAUUAUGCACUCUAUGAAGAGCUCGAUGCCGGAGAUAUGGAGCGAACAAGAGAUGUGUACAGGGAGUGUCUCAACCAAAUACCUCACCAGAAGUUCUCAUUUGCUAAGGUAUGGCUUCUAGCAGCCCAGUUUGAAAUACGUCAGCUGAAUCUCAAGGGGGCUCGUCAAAUAUUAGGGAAUGCUAUUGGAAAGGCGCCUAAAGAUAAGAUAUUUAAGAAAUACAUAGAGAUAGAACUGCAGCUUGGUAAUAUAGAUCGAUGCAGAAAACUGUAUGAAAAGUAUCUAGAGUGGUCACCUGAAAAUUGCUAUGCAUGGAGCAAGUAUGCAGAAUUGGAGAGAUCUUUAGCUGAGACUGAGCGAGCUAGAGCAAUUUUUGAGCUUGCAAUUGCUCAACCAGCAUUGGAUAUGCCUGAGUUGUUGUGGAAGGCAUACAUUGACUUUGAAACUGCUGAGUGUGAAUUCGAGAAAGCUAGAGUGCUUUAUGAAAGGCUUCUUGAUCGAACAAAGCACUUGAAGGUAUGGAUAAGUUAUGCAGAGUUUGAAGCAACAGCUAUUGAUGAGAGUUUAGAGUUAUCAGAACAAGAACAAAAGGAGCAGUGCAUUAAGCGCGCCAGAAGGGUGUUCGAGGAAGCUCUAAACUACUUCAGAUCAUCAGCUCCCGAUUUAAAAGAAGAAAGGGCAAUGCUAUUGGAGAAAUGGCUCAACUUGGAGGCUUCAUCUGGGGAGCUAGGUGAUGUUAGCUUAGUCCAGUCUAAGCUACCCAAGAAGCUUAAGAAGAGAAGGCAAAUUUCUACUGAAGAUGGCUCUUCUAGAAUUGAAGAAUUUAUCGACUAUCUGUUCCCUGAGGAAACUCAGACAACCAAUCUCAAGAUCUUGGAAGCUGCUUACAAAUGGAAGAAGCAAAAGUUGUCUUCAGCUGAUGAUUGAGAGUAUGUUGUAGGGUGAUAUGAUUCCCUUAUUGUAAAACGGGCAUAUACAUUAGCUUUAGCAGCUAAGGGUAUGUUUGGUUUGGUGAUAUGUGAUGGAAUGAAAUGGAGUGGAGCGGUAAGUAAUCGGAUACCAUUGUUUGGAUUUGCAAGUAAUGGAUGGAGCAGAAUUAGGGUGUGUAUGCAACUGAAUGAAGUAAUUAGUUAUGUUCCAUUAAGCCAAAUUAACAAAAAUACACAAUGGAAUGGAAUAUCUGAACCAUUCCUUACUGUUUCACUCCAUUCCAUUAGGGUCUAUGUUCUAGUCUAUCCAUUCAAACAUCGCCCAAGUCAAUUUUGGGCUAUUAAAGUUUGUAAGUUGUAACAGAUAGUUUCCUAUUUUGAAAAAAGUUUGCAACAGAGAACUGCAUUUAAGGAA